AUGGGAGAGCGCCAAGUCGAAAGACCGGUUAUUUAUAUCGAUCCUCAAAAAGCUCGAGACUUAGAUCGGGAUCUUGCUUUCCAGAAACUUUAUUACAGACCUGAGGGAUAUUAUCGGACUGCUGAAAAAAUGCAAACUACUUGUAAGAGAGCCAGAUAUGUGUUUACUUUAGCCGUAAUAAAAAAUUGGCUUAACAAACAGGCUUUGUAUCAGAUUCACAAGCCUCGGCCUAAGUAUAUUCCACAAGCAUCUUUUAAUAAUAUUACCGUACCUAUGGAAAUUAUUCAAGCUGAUUUAUGCUAUAUGCCUUAUGAUCGAAUUGGAAAUAAAACUUAUAAAUUUGCACUUAAUUGUGUAGAUAUUGCUACCCGCACUAAAUGGACCUAUCCUUUAACUAAGCGUGAUUCUGCUAGCGUGGCUAAAGGAUUUGUAAAACUUUUUAACUCCCGAAUAUGCCCAAUUAUCUGGUCUAAAGUUAAAGUUUUAAUGGUAGAUGGGGGCGUAGAAUUCCAAGGUAAUGUUAUCAUACUAAUGAAUGAAUAUGGUAUCCAAAUUCAACUAGCUAAUUCUAAAGAAUCUAUGGGUAUUGUUGAGAGAUUUAAUCGUACACUUCAAGAAUGGGCAUUCUUUAUUCAAGAUGGUGUUGAAAUGAGAUUACCUCCUACUGAGCGCUGUCGAGCUUGGAUAAAAAACCUUCCAAUUUUUCUUAUAGAGCUUGAUAAUUCUGUAACUCGACUUCUGGGUAUUUCUCCUGCUGAAGCUCGAAAAAAAGAACAUGUCUUUGCUAAACCUUCCAAACCACGAAAAGGACCUAUUGGAUUUGAUGAGCCUAGAUUAUCUCAUGAUGUCUUAGUAAGAUAUCUUCUUAAACCUGGAGAAUUAGAGGGUGGAAGAAAACGUGCAACUGAUUGCAAUUGA